AUGUUUUUCUGUCUUCUAGGCAAAGAGUGCGUGGUAAAGUUUUGCUUGUUAUCGUGCCACUAUAAGGAGGAAGGUGACCGAUAUAUAUGCAGCCAAUGUGAUAACAUUUAUAGAAGCAAACACACGCUGCGAUACCACGUUAUGUACACACACUACAAGAUACCAAAAUACUCGUGUGAAUUGUGCAAGAAAGGGUACAAGUCUCUCGUACAGUUUAACCUCCACAAAUUGGAAGCACACGAUAUUGACGAUCGUUUGAAAUGUAAUGCUUGUAAGGACUUGAUAUUCAACUCUAGGCGCCAAAUGACACAUCAUAUGAACAGUUUCCACAUGAUGGGCGUAAAGUAUAAAUGCAAGCUUUGCGAUUUUGAGACAUUCAACUCCGCAACCUUGUUCAGACACAAGGACAAGCACAAGACAGUGAAGGAUUACCAUUGUAAGUUUUGCAAAAAGUCAUUUUUAAGACAUAAUACCCGUCGAUUGCACGAGAAGAUCCACACGGGCGAUAAGCAGAAGGUCUGUAAAGUGUGCGGUCAGGCGUUUGUCCAGAAAGCGAGUCUGAACUAUCACAUGCUCAAACAACAUCCCGCAGUACAUUUUUAA